GGAAGUUUCAAGUUGUGAAGCACAGCACGACGAAAAAAGAAAAAUCUCCGACUCCGUCAGUGCUCCCAAUUGCCAAAUAAAAAAAAAGGGUACUCUCUGUUCUUCGUGUUUAAUCCGUGUACGUCUUCUCAGAGCGAUAAGAUGGAAUGGGUGAACUCCAUGCCCAAAAUCGAGCUACAUGCUCAUCUCAACGGCUCCGUCAGAGACUCAACCCUUCUAGAGCUUGCUAGGGUUCUUGGUGACAAGGGUGUUAUCUUGUUCUCUGACGUGGAAAAUGUCAUUCUGAAAAAUGAUCGCACUUUGACUGAGGUUUUCAAGUUGUUUGAUCUGAUUCAUAUUCUUACUACUGACCACAAGACUGUCACGAGGAUCACCAAAGAAGUUGUCGAAGACUUUGCCUCCGAAAACGUGGUUUAUCUUGAGUUACGAACAACUCCAAAGAGGAAUGAGUCGAUAGGCAUGAGUAAACGCUCUUACAUGGAAGCGGUGAUCGAGGGUCUGAGAUCUGUCAGUGCAGUUGAUAUCGAUUUCUCAGCAUCUGAUUCAACGCCUGGGAGAAGUGUCAGCUCUCGAGUUCCGCGUAAUGGACGCGACGAAACUCCGAGAAAGAAGAUUUAUGUUAGGCUUCUUCUCAGCAUCGACCGCAGAGAAAGCACGGAAUCUGCAAUGGAAACCGUUAAGCUUGCGCUGGAACUGAGAGAUGCAGGGAUUGUUGGUAUAGACCUUUCCGGGAACCCUUGUAUCGGAGAAUGGGCCACAUUCUUGCCCUCGCUAGAAUUUGCUCGGGAUCAAGGUCUUCACAUCACGCUUCACUGUGGGGAGGUGCCAAAUCCGAAAGAAAUCUAUGCCAUGCUCGACUUCCGCCCUCGUAGAAUCGGCCACGCUUGCUUCCUCGAAGGGAAAGACUGGGAAAAGUUGAAACAAUACAAAAUUCCGGUCGAGAUAUGCUUGACAUCCAAUAUCGUUACCAAAUCAAUUUCUUCGAUUGAUAUCCAUCACUUCGCUGAUCUCUACAAUACAAAACACCCGCUGGUUCUAUGCACAGAUGAUACCGGAGUUUUCUCUACCAGUCUCUCCAACGAGUAUGCUCUCGCCGCUCAUUCCUUUGGUCUAAGCAAGAAGGAGAUCUUUGGACUGGCAAGAAACGCCAUAGAGUUUACAUUUGCAGAGGAUGAAGUGAAGCGAGAACUGAGGUUGAUUUAUGAUUCAGCCUCUUCCCAGUACGAUUCUUGAUUGUUUGUCAUUUCAGGUUUUGGGUUAAUGGCGGACAUUUCCACCAAUUUACCAACCGGUUUGCAGGUUUGGGAGAUCAAAGACCUUUGCUUUCUGGUUAAUAUUGUAUUGUAAUUCAUGAAGCUGUCGAUUUUAUGAUUAUGCUUUCUGGUUAUUGUAUUGGCACAUUUAGAUUUAUUCGCCUUUGUUGUUGGUUACAAGAUUUAAAUUUGGACUUACCUCAUAUCAAACAUCAUUCACUAGAAACUUCUGGACCCCACGUGCCACACGUGCUUUCCUCCA